ACGCGUUACAUUUGAGUGGUUAAAUUAAAGGAACCGUAUGGGAAAGAAUAAGAUCUCAUCGGUCCAGUAGAUGGCGCAGAAGAGUGCGAACGCGGCGAUGGCGCGCCAGACUUCGUAGACAACCCAGGCGUCCUGAAGGAGGGACGAGACAUGUACGAUCGCUCGCGCUACGGUCUUGCGACGAUGGAUGGUGUUGCAUCAAUAGCUUCAUCGCGUCGUCCGGACCAAGGUCGGCAGUGUCGAGGUGGUUGAUUUGGACUAAGACAUCCCCGACACGUAGUCCUGGCUGCUGGGCGACAAGACCAUGGCUGUGAAUCCUUUGGAUUUCCAACCCUCGAAGGAACAACGCAUCUCUCGCCCACUCGACCCCCAGGGAACCUUCGCUCCAUGCCAUGACGACUUGGUCUGGUCCCGCUUGAGGUUGCCGCGAACCUACUUGAAACCGCAAAACGACAGGUCGUGGUGCAUCGAGCACGCGCUGGAGGGCUUCUUCGUACGAGAUGUCCGAGGUUAGAACCGCGCCGACUUGCAUGAGCACGUCGCUGGGCUGAAGUUUCGCGAGUCCAGUGUUCGCCCCCAUGUCACCCUCAAACGAAUGCACCAUGGGCACCAUGGCACACGCCGUCUUGUACGGAGACCACGCAAACGUGGCCGUUUCCACGAGCACUUCAAACUGCGACGGCUGCAGGAUGGACGACGUCCGCGGUCGCACGAUGCGCGCGAGGCCGAUGGUCACCAUGUCCGACGAGAACGCAGGCACGGGGCCGGUCCAUGGUGCAAAGAGGAGACGCACGGGCGGUGCCAUGUCGAGCAGCAGCGCCGUGAGGUUGUCCUGGGGCCGGAUGUUGUGGUUGUUGAUCGCGAUGAGCCGGUCGCCUUGAUGGACGGCGUCGAGGCCGGCGACGUCGCUUAAGCUGGCGUGCACACGGCGGACCACGGGCGUCGAGAAGCUCACGUCAAAGGACAGACCGAGCACGCCGUCCGUCCACUCUAAUACAUACGUCGGGUCACGUUUGAGGUGAGGGGGGUUGACGACGAGUCGGAGCAGCAGGUCGUCGGCACUGUCGUCGCUGAGGCAGCUCUCGCGGGGCACGAUACCACCACCACCAACAUUGACGUCGUGUUCACUGUGCACUUCGGUCUCUGGUUCUUCAUCUUCGGGGGACGACAGUUGUCCUGGAUAGUCGUCUAGCACGAGUGGCGUGAAUGGGGGGGGGGUGGUGAUGUUGGUGAUAGGCUGGAUGUCUUCUCGAGGUUGCAUCAUGAUGGCAAGGCGCCACGCAGCGACAUCUGCUUGAUGCUGACGAACGCGACGUUGGAUCGCACGGGCGGCGGCGUGGCGGCGCUGCCACGCCACUUGCCUCUCGAUUCUGGCCGUCCAAGUGACACGGAGCCGUCUAAAUCCUUGUUGAAUCAUCCGGAUGGCAUCUGUUUGUCGACGGAGGUGCUGUCUGGCUGUCCACAUGCGCACAACCGACUGCAUGGCUACGGUGGCGCGCCGCUUGUUCCUAAACGACGAGCGAGCCAGGUGCGCUCUCGCAUUGGCUUGCAAGACGGUGGCGGCAUCAUGGCGACACGUCACGACGGCGGCUUCCAGCGUUUGCAGUGCAAGAUGCGUGAGAAACACAAUGGUUCGGCCUCGAAGGAUGUGGCUGGGGCCGCAAGCCGCGACCACGAACGCGUCCACAGCCGCCCCGUCGUCUUGUUUGUUAAUGUCUGGGUGGUGCUUAUGGGAUCGAGCCUUCUUCCACCGGACUAGCGGGCCGUACGUUGUCACAUACGACGCAUGGGGCACGCGGACGGGAAACCCCGCGCGCGCAAUGUGGGCGACAGACACGAGGCCGCAGCAUCGCAGUUGGUGGAGGACCCGCUUCGCAUCGAAUGAGUGGGGGGUCAUGGCGUCGUUGGGCUUGAUGCACCGGACAAAGUGGAGAUGGGAGGCAUUGAGGGUCGCGAGGAGGGAGCUGAGCUGCAUUUUGAACGUCAGCACCACCGUCGCCGCCAUGAUGUUGUUUGUGGUUAACGACACAGACGACCUCAACAACGACGACGGCGGCCGACUUCCAAGACUUGACCGCAUGAACGAAGUCGACGGGGGUGGGGUGGACCACCGGCCGCCAGUGAAGCUGCGGCUAUUGCUGCCACUGUUGUUGUUUGUCAAAGGGGUGUUGGACGACGAGGCAGACGGGGGGUCGUGGGGGUGCCAGUCGUCAAACAAAUCUGCGACAAAGUCGAUCGACGACGCGGUGAGGGCCACCAACGCUUCAUGGGGCACCGAGUCCUUGUUCUUGGCGCAGAACCCUCGCGUGGAAUACGUGACAGCGCCAGCGUAAUGGACAAUUGUAAACGCGCCGUGCGCUUGGUCCAGCUUGGACGCGGUGAAAUGGCCGGCGUUGCUGCGCAGCGUCUCAUACAACUUGGUGGCGAGGGUUCGGUCUGAUCCCUUGGACAGCCGCGACUGUUCGUCCAGCAAUGCAAACAACCCACACGGUCGCGCCUCGAGCAGGUCCAAGCAUGCUUCAUUCGUCGUGGGCCACUCCCCAAAUGGCCACGUCACGCCCUCAGCUUCGUACGUACGUUGUUCCAUCCCAAACACAAACCGGCCAAACAAUUGCUGGAGCUUUUCGUUGGCAUAGUUGAUG